GUUUAUCAGUUUAUCAGACUGUGUAUAAUAUCUAGGCUAUAUUAUAUAACUGAUAAGUGCUAGAAGCUUUUGAAGUUAUUCAAACAUUAUAUUUCAGUGCAAUAAAUGUGCAGAGCUUGUAAUGGCAGAGCUGUGUAAUAAGCUGUUUCUUUUUCUCAGUGUGUGGCUUACUUUAUGCUGGAUUGGAUGUGUGGACUGUGUUGAGGAAGCCCAUUCAGUUGUCAAUGCUCAUGGCAUAUGUGGAACCUUCGUUUGGAACAGAGGAUACGACUGUACAGAAUUCAUUGUUCCGACUAAGGAUGGAUUUUUGCUUGCUGUACAAAAGAUGUCUAACAGAGCAUCGGGCACUUCCCGCAAGGAACCUGUUUUCUUACAUCAUGGAUUAAUGGAGGGUGGUCAAUCAUGGCUUUUGAAUGAGCCUAAAGAGUCUGUGGCGUUUAUGUUGGCUGACUCUGGAUAUGAUGUCUGGAUCGCUAAUGGGCGUACAACCACUUUCAGUUAUGGCCACAUUACAUACAACAGAGCACAGAAGGAAUUCUGGGAUUGGAAGUGGGACGAUCUGGUAGAAUAUGAUAUAUCAUCAAUGCUGCAUUUUGUAAACUAUAUGACCGGGCAACCCAUUUACUACGUUGGUUAUUCUCAGGGUGCAAUGUCCGGAUUUGCAGCAUUUACAGAUAAUCAAAUAUCCAGCCUUGUGAAGAAGGCUGCCAUGCUGAGCCCUGUUGCUUAUUUAAACCAUGUUUCUUCUCCCCUAGUCACCGCAGCUGCCUGGCUAUUUGUAGAUAAGGUGGAUAUACUUCUUGAUAUGUAUGAAUUCAAUCUCUCAAGUGCAUCAGAAACGCAACUGUUGCAGACGAUAUGCGAAAAUACACAAAUUCAUUGCCAGGACUUGGACUUGUUGGCCUUAAUUACAGGGCCAUCAUGCUGUAUAAACAAAUCAAGGAAUGCCUACUACUCCAAAUACCCAGAGUCCACCUCGACGAAAAACUUGGCCCAAUUGGCUCAGUUGUUGCGAUCUGGCAGAUUUGGAAAGUAUGAUUAUGAAUUGACUGGGAAUCUGUUGCAUUAUGGGAGAACCUUCCCUCCAUCCUAUGACUUGUCUGCAAUUCCAAAGAGUCUGUCGUUUUUUCUUGCUCAUGGAGGAAAUGAUCCGCUGGCGGAUUCAGAGGAUGUGACACAACUUGCAGAGAAGCUGCCAGGAAAAGUAAAGAUGUUGCUGAUGCCCAACUAUAACCAUGGGGAUAUGAUGCUGGGUACCUCUGCCCACACAGAUGUGUACCCUCAUAUCUUGAAAUUCUUCCACUAGACUAGUAGCGUUUUUAAGGCAUAAUUUGUGAAGUCGAGAACAUCAUUUUAAAAAAAACUGUCAAUGUUGCUUUUCUUUCACUAAUUUGUUAUAUUGAUAUAAAUCUAGAGUCGAAAUAUUAUUCAGAAUAUUGCAAUUGAACUUUCAAAAUGGUACUUUUGCAUCUCACCCUAAAAUUCGUUGUGGGAGCCAUGGUUCAAAUUUGAUCAUUUCCCUUUGAAAAAUUCUUAUGAUGGCCAAAUCAUGUUGCCCUUCAUCUUGGGGCUGAAAAUAUUAAUAUGUUCUUUACAUUAAUAUAAAAUAUGUGUUCUAUA